AUAAAACUUACCGCUAUAAAGGUCCUGCCGUCUCAAAUAGACUCCUUGAAUACCACCAAAAUAAAACUGACAUUAUCCAGAAGUCAGAAUAAGUGGAAUUCACGUGCAAGCAUACUGAUAUUAAUACAUCAUGUCUGAGAUUUGUAAAGCGUGGUGAAGCCUGGAGGCGGAUGUGAGGGAGUCUGGCUACACAUGGGGACAGCUGGAGGAAAUGGCCCAGGACCGCCGGAGAUGGAAUCGUGGCCUAUGUCCAAGGAUGGGCAGUAGGCCCAAGUAAGUAAGUAAACCCGUUGCUCCUCAAAUUAUCCGAGAAAAUUUGGUAUCAAUGUAAUGGUGAGAAAAUUGGCUAUCACACGGUAGGGGUUAGCUAAUGAGUUCAAGGUGAAUGGUAAAAAAGACAACCACAAAUAAACGGACCAUAAAUGCCAAUGUUUCGAAGGCCACAACGUUCACUGUCAUUUUGUAAUGCACGAAAUAUCUACAUGAUUGUACUGGGCAAUACCUGUAGAUAAGAAAAAAUAUAGACAUUAUGUAGGUCUGAGGUGUUUUUGCUGCAAAAUAGGCAGUUGUUUAUGCCCAUGCAGCGGGGUCAAAUCAGUAUCUAAGCCGUAUCUAAGAGAAUAACGCGUUCUAGAGUGACCUGCGGUUGGACUGUUCCAUCUCGAACAUUCGAAAACGAGAAUGGAAUUAGAACUUCGAAUCUCUGGAGAAAAUCGAAUGAAGACGUUAUUCAGUACCAUAUAGCUACCAGUGUCGUGUAAACAUACAGUAAAUGAUGUAUGUUUCGCCAGUCAUCGCGUUAUUACUUUUAUGCUUAAGUUUAAACCUGGGGCUUCGGUGUCGCAACGCAAGCAUCGACUUGGGGACAGGACACAACGGUACAAACGCCACUUCCGUCGACUUCGAGUCCCCUUCUCCUGACAACGACAAGUACGAUUUUGUGGUGAAUCGGCUGCUAGAUGACAUCACCAUCGACGAAAGAGCAGCCAAGUCUUUCCUUCAACCCAGCCCUGAAUGGGAGUAUGACAAUCUUUUAGAAGCACUGCGUACUGAAGUUAAAGGCGUCGAUGGAAAGCACCGUCCAGUUAAGAGAAGCGGACGAGCCCCGCCCGAACCCAGAGUUCCAGAAACGUGGCACGUGCCCGGCAUAAAAGAAAAGACACCUUACUUGGAAGGCAGGACAUUCAAAUCACUUCCACAGCUGAGUAGUAAAUACGACUACUUGAAGUACAAGAAGUGGCCAGAGAUAAGAAGUGAAAAUCGGGGCACAGGUCAUCGGCAUGAACGAAACCCAUGUGUUGAAGAUGGCGGCCACGACGCAUGCCAACCUAGAGGCAGAUGCGUGCCAUCCAUGCGCACUCACAUCUACUCUUGCGACUGUGAUGACGGGUGGUCGGAUGAACCUGAAACCGGCGGACCACAGUACCCAGACUGUAGGCAUAAAGACGACCCCUGUGGGAGGGUGGCUUGUAUGAACGGCGGAGCCUGCAAACACUCCCAGAACGGCGAAGACGUUUAUUGCGUGUGCAAUGACGUGUAUUUUGGAGAUAGGUGCCAAUAUCGAAGACCAUACUUGGGACCUUGGGAAUCCUGGGGACCAUGUUCUGUGACGUGCGGGGCCCAGGGUAUCCGGAAAAGGAGACGGCACUGCGAAGAUCCCGCGGGCCUGACUGAUUACGACUGUUCGGGGAAAAAGGAGGAGGAGGAGGUUUGCCAGCCGACCGUCUGUAAAUAUUCAGGUCGAUGGACCAGCUGGGGGGAGACGACUCCAUGUACCGUGAUCUGCGGGCAUGGAUACAGGACAAGGUCCAGACACUGUAGAUACUGCAAAGACCCCGAAUGUGUGGAGGAAACCCAACUGGAGGCAGAACACGGGUCGCCUUGUGACGGCAUCGCCCAGGAAAAAUCCCCAUGUAACACUCAACCAUGUCCAGCUGAAGAUCUAGCUGUCAAAUACUUCAAGGAGACGAGACAUUUUUUCGGCGAUAAAAACGGUGAAGCUUCUGCAAAAGCACCUCUUACAUUCUUCACCCAAUUCAGGGGUAAGUAUUUCGGCGAUGCAGAUACUCUUAUCGCAGGCUACAACGACAUCAAGCCCGAUGAGUGUGCCCGCAGGUGUCUGGAAGGUUAUGGGGACUAUGACGGUGUCAACCCGAUAUGUAAGUCCUUCAACUGGCGACCUUAUACUGUUAGUAAUUCCGGGGAUCAACCCCGGAAAUGCUGGCUACACCGCGAAAACAAGGACACACACCCGGACAAUCCUGAAUGGGAUCAUUGGCCAAGCCGCUACUACUUUCAAAGGAAAGUUGUCCCUGGACCUAGUGGAAGAGGCCCAUCGCUAACUGCUUUCCGUGUGCUUGUAGCUGCCAUGAGUCUCUUGACAUCGGCUCUCUUCUAGGACAUACAGUCUCAAGAACAAUCAGCAAAGCAUACAUGCAUCUAAGGCGCACUCAUUGAUUCUAGUUGUAGCUUAGAGUGAUGGUAUCAAUUUUAACAUACGAAGAAAGAGAACUUCGGCUGUUCAAGUUGCCACUAACCUGAGAUUCUUAACCCUUAUGGCAAGUCCUGGUUAUAUAAUAAUCUACAAUCAUCGUUAAUACAAAAGAAGUCACCAUCUUUAUUGAUUUGAAAACAAAUAUUCUUAACCUGUUACAGACUUUUGCCGGAAAUGAAGCUAUACAUAUGUGAAAACGUCAUCAACGUUCGUCGAGGAUUCCAAAUAGUGUUUCAAUCUCAUGACAGUCAUUCUAGUCCAGUUGGAAUAAACAUGAGGAUUUAGCUCGGCUGGUUGUAGAUGUACAGAAAGAUUCACCUGAGCAGAACGAAAGACCAACGUUUCUGCCAAGGUUCCCUCCACUGAAACACAGUUCACGACAUAGCUGGGGCACUGAACAACAAAAGACAGGUGGAUCUAGCAAUACUGGAUUUCACUAUGGCCUUCGACAAAGUCCCACAUAGCAGACUUAUAUCAAAACUGGAGUACUAUGGAAUUCAAUGUACUACAUUUAACUGGUUAAAGACUUUCUUGACGAACAGAGAGCAAACUGUAGUGGUAGAAGGAAGGCCUCAGCUCCAGUAAAAGUAGCGUCGGGAGUUCCGCAAAGGACUGUCCUGGGACCAUUGUUCUUCCUCUUGUACAUAAACGACUUGCCAGACCA